AUGUUAGAGACAACUGUAGAUGGUAAAACCAUUCCGGAUAAUAUAAGUACAAAAGAAGUUGAAACUGUACCGGUGAUCAAUAUUCCAUUACCGCAAUCAAACGAACAAUUAAAUCAGUUGAUCUAUCGUUAUAGAGCAAUCACUAGCAAUCCUAAGGAUAAUAUUGUUGAAAUCAGUGCCAUAGAGAACGUAUUGGCGAAGAUUUCAAAUGAACAUGCCUUAUACUUGAAAAAUCUAAAUGCACUAAGAGAGUCCAUCACCAAGGUCGAAUACGAUAAUGCUCAAUUUAACAGACAGUUGUUAGCAUUGCAGUUACUUGAGAAAGAUUUAGAUAUUCCUGAUCAUCUCUUAAUGGUGGAAGCUUUGGAAGACGUGGAAGAAAAAAAAGUUAAUGGUGCUGUACCAAGUACUGAUGCUAAUCAAUUAAAACAAAUCAAACUAUCACUUGAUUUUACUGAAAAUGCAAAGAAUUUUGGUCUUUUGGACAGUUUCAGCAACAAACAAUCGAAAUUAGGUACUCAAAAGUUUGAAGACUUAAUCUCUCAACAAAUUGCUAAGAGAAUUAAUGAAUUAGAAAAAUUGCCUGCAAAUUUGGGAACGUAUUCACUCGAUGACUCCUUAGAGUUCACUACAAAGGAUGAUUUACCGUCAAAUAUUCAUAAACUAAAAAUGAAAGCUCUCGUGGAGUUGAAAAGUUUGAAAUUGUUGACCAAGCAGAAAUCUAUCAGGCAAAAAUUAAUCUCAAAUGUUGCAAACCAAUCCCAUCAUAGUAUUUCUUCUUUGCGUGAUUCUCCAUUCACAGUCUCAGCUCAAAGAUCAGUACAAGUUAGAAGUAAAGUUAUCGUUCCACAAACGGCAAGAAUUGCUGAAGAGUUAGAAAGACAGACUCUAUUAGAAAAACGUAAGAAAGAAAGAAACCUUCAUCUGCAGAAAAUCCAUAGUAUUACAGAUUUUGUUGUUGAAAGAAGCCAGGUCACUAUGAGUAAGAGAGAUCGUUUAAUUCAAACGGGUAAGAUUUGUCUAUCCGCUCACGGUCAAAUUGAAAAAGAUGAACAAAGAAGAAUUGAAAGAACAGCAAAACAACGUCUUGCUGCGUUAAAAUCUAAUGAUGAAGAAGCUUAUUUGAAAUUGUUAGACCAGACCAAGGAUACAAGAAUUACCCAAUUGUUAAGACAAACCAAUUCUUUCUUAGACUCCUUGUCUCAGGCUGUUAGAGUUCAACAAAAUGAAGCAAAAUUAAUGAAAGGUGAAGAAAUCAGCCCCAUCACAGAUGAAGAAAGAGAAAACAUCGAUUAUUACGAAGUCGCCCAUAAAAUUAAGGAAAAAAUACCUAAACAACCUUCAAUUUUAGUGGGCGGUACUUUAAAGGAGUAUCAAUUAUUUGGUCUUGAAUGGAUGGUUUCUUUGUACAACAACCAUUUAAACGGUAUCUUAGCAGAUGAAAUGGGUCUGGGUAAGACCAUUCAGUCCAUUUCUUUAAUAACUUACCUAUUCGAAACUAAACAAGACCGUGGCCCUUACCUUGUUAUUGUACCACUAUCAACCAUAACCAACUGGACGUUAGAAUUUGAGAAAUGGGCACCAAGUCUGAAUACCAUCGUUUACAAAGGCACACCGAACCAAAGGCGUAUAUUACAACAUCAAAUCAAAAUAGGUAACUUUGACGUUCUAUUGACAACCUACGAAUAUAUUAUUAAAGAUAGAUCAUUGUUAGCAAAACAUGAAUGGGCACAUAUGAUUAUUGAUGAAGGUCAUAGAAUGAAGAACGCACAAUCCAAAUUAUCUUACACCAUACAACAUUACUAUAAGACUAGAAACAGACUUAUCUUGACCGGUACUCCUUUACAAAAUAAUUUACCAGAAUUAUGGGCAUUAUUGAAUUUUGUUUUACCCAAGGUUUUCAACUCAUCGAAAACAUUUGAAGAUUGGUUCAAUACUCCUUUUGCAAACACUGGUUCACAAGAGAAACUAGAACUAACGGAAGAAGAAACGUUACUAAUCAUCAGAAGAUUGCAUAAAGUCUUGAGACCUUUCUUAUUACGUCGUUUGAAGAAGGAAGUCGAAAAGGAUCUACCUGAUAAGGUUGAAAAGGUUAUAAAGUGUAAGCUUUCUGGCUUGCAACAACAAUUAUAUCAACAAAUGUUGAACCAUAAUGCAUUAUUUUUUGGUGCUGGUGCCGAAGGGACCACUAAGACUGGUAUCAAGGGUUUGAACAAUAAGAUUAUGCAAUUGAGAAAAAUUUGUAAUCAUCCUUUUGUUUUUGACGAAGUUGAAGGUGUAAUUAAUCCAUCUAGAGGUAAUACUGAUUUGUUAUAUCGUGUAGCUGGUAAAUUCGAGCUGUUAGAUCGUGUUUUGACGAAAUUCAAGGCGACAGGUCAUAGAGUUCUUAUGUUUUUCCAAAUGACUCAAGUCAUGGAUAUCAUGGAAGAUUUCUUAAGAAUGCGUAAUCUGAAAUAUAUGAGAUUGGAUGGUAGUACGAAAACUGAAGAUAGAACUGGCAUGUUAAAAGAUUUCAACGCUCCAAAUUCAGAAUACUUCUGUUUCCUACUUUCAACAAGAGCCGGUGGUUUAGGUCUUAAUUUACAAACUGCAGACACUGUUAUCAUCUUUGAUACUGAUUGGAAUCCACAUCAAGAUUUACAAGCCCAAGAUAGAGCUCAUAGAAUUGGUCAAAAGAAUGAAGUUAGAAUUCUGAGGUUGAUCACCACCGAUUCUGUGGAAGAAGUUAUUUUAGAAAGAGCUAUGCAAAAGUUGGAUAUUGACGGGAAAGUUAUUCAAGCUGGUAAAUUCAAUAAUAAGUCUACUGCUGAAGAACAAGAAGAAUUUUUGAGAAGAUUGAUAGAAAGUGAAUCGAGUAAAGUCGAUGACGAUGACCAAGCAGAAUUAGACGAUGAAGAAUUAAAUGAAAUCCUGGCCCGUUCUGAAGAAGAGAAAAUAUUGUUCGAUAAAAUGGAUCAAGAAAGAAAAGAGGAAGAAGAGAGAUUAGCAAAGGCUAAUGGUUUAAAGGAGCCUUUGCCAAGAUUAAUCCAGACGGAUGAAUUACCAGCUGUUUUCACAGAGAACAUAGAAGAUCAUCUACAGACAGAACCAGUCGCAGUUGGAAGAAUAAGGCAGACGAAGAGGGUCUAUUAUGAUGACGGUUUAACUGAAGAACAAUUCUUAGAGGCUGUAGAAGACGAAAGCGUUACUUUGGAGGAAGCCAUCAAGAGGAAACGUGAAUCUCGUGAAAAGAGACGCCGUAAAAAGGAAGAUAUUGAUGAACUUGAUGAAGAAAACCAUGAGAUUAGAACAUUAGAAAAUACUCCUGACGAAGUCCUCGACACAUAUAACGUAGUUGAUGAAAAGAGUGUGGAAGAUGAAUCUCCAAAGAAAGUCAAUGGAAGAAGCAGGACCAGGCCAACAAGAAAGAGAACUUCGAUGGACUUGGUUGACACAACCGAGGAUAUUGAAGAUCAUGGAGUCAAAGCAGAAGGUUCUGCUACUAUUGAUGCUGAACCAGAAAAGAAGAGGCCUAAGUUCAAGAUUACAUUGAAACUGAAGGGUCAACAAGAAACUGAAGAUAAUGUCGUAGAUGGUGGUGAAACUCCAAUACCUGAUGGAGAUAAAAAGCCAAAAAAUAGAAGUAAAAGUAAACCAAAGAGGGUCAUAUCAGGUGACAUUAAACCUUUAGUGGAGAAGUUGUUGAAUGACAUGCGUCAACAAUUGGAUGAAACCGACGCUCACCCACUCACAUCAAUUUUUGAAAAGUUACCUUCAAAGAAACUAUAUCCGGAUUAUUACACAUUAAUCGAAAACCCUACUGCAUUGGAGACAAUCUUGAGAAAUUGCAGGAAAGGUCUCUACAAAACCAUGGACGAAGUGAAAGGAGAACUGAAUAUAAUGUACAAGAAUGCCAAAUUCUACAACGAAGAAGGUUCAUGGGUCUACAACGAUGCUGACAAGUUGAAUAAGUACACUGACGAAUGGUUCCAAAAAAAUGUUAAAUAA